AUGGGUAGGAAGAAGAAGAAGGCAUCAAAACCGUGGUGCUGGUACUGUAACAGAGAAUUUGACGACGAAAAGAUUCUGAUUCAACAUCAAAAAGCGAAACACUUUAAAUGCCACAUAUGCCACAAGAAAUUGUACACGGGCCCCGGACUGUCAAUCCAUUGUAUGCAGGUACACAAGGAAGCCAUAGACAAAGUUCCAAAUUCGUUACCAAAUAGGUCUAAUAUAGAAAUAGAAAUAUAUGGUAUGGAAGGUAUACCACCAGAAGAUAUCAAGGAGCAUGAGAAGCAAAAAACAGGUGGGGGCAAAGCAUCAGACAGUGAAGAUGAUGAGCCUGCUGCUAAGAAAAAAGCCACACCAGCAUUGCUGGGAGCGGGUCCUUCAACUGUGACGCAAGGUAUUCUACCUACCCCAAUGGCACCUGUACCUCCUGGCAUGUACCCUGGGCAUGCAAUGCCCAUGAACCAUAUGAUGCCACCUUUUAUGCAAGCUCCUAGUGUACAUGACUAUUACAGAAUGAUGAUGCCUGGGAUGAGGCCUCUCUUCCCAGCGGCAAGUGUGCCAACAUCAACACCAAGUAAACCUACCUUCCCUGCAUAUAGCAACGCGACGAUAAGCGCGCCGCCCACCACGUCGACGGCGAGCGCGUCGGAGCCGAAGGAGAAUGGCGACGUGCGGCCGCCCGCUGCCAACACGUGCCCGCUGGUCACCGCCACCGGGGCCGGCUCGAAGAUAGUGCACCCGCCGGAGGACGUCUCCCUGGAAGAGAUCAGGGCGCGCCACGCCAAGUACCGUCCGAAACCGAAGCCCGACGCUCCCCCCGCUAUACCCACCUCCGUGUCGGCCAUGAUAUCGGCGAGCACCAGCCAGGCGGAGGUGGCGGCUCACAUGAACGCGGCGGUGGCGGCCGCCCGGCAGCAGGCGGCGAUGCGGCGGCCCGUGAUGCAGCAGAUGGUGGGCAUGCUGCCCCAGCUGCAGCAGUUGCAGCAGCUGCCACAGCUGCAGCAGUUGCAACAGCUGCCACAGCUGCCGCAGCCGGUGCGCGUGGGCGUAGGCGUGCCCGUGUCCAUGCCGCCGGUCAUGCUGCCCGUAAUGCCGCAGUUCAACAUCAUGCGCCCCAUCCAGCCCGGCGUGCUGCUCCCGGGCGGCGGCGUGAUGCCGAUGGGCAUGUUCCCCGGCGGGAUGCACGGGCUGCUGCAGCCGCGCUACCGG